AUGUCUUCCACUCACGCCAGCUUACAGGUUUCAGAGGAUUCAGUGAAGAAGCCCCUGGUGGUGGAGCGUGGUAAAGAUUGCGCCCCCUCAAGGCCGAGUCUCUGGAGGCGGCUCGUACAGCACGGCAGCGCAGAGUACGUCACCGUAGGGAGUAUGUGUCUUAACUUUUUCUCCUCUACUUGUAUUGUGGUCGCGAACAAGUACGCGAUGGAUUCCCUGGGUUUUCGUUAUGGAUCAACUCUUACGCUCUUUCACUUUAUCUGUACCUCAGCGCUUCUAUACGUCAGUUCGCGCUGUUUUGGCCUGUUUGAACGAAAGCCGUGCGAGCUCUACAAGGUGGCAAAGCUCGCUGCUGGCGCUGCGGGCUUUGUCGUGCUGACCAACCUCUCCCUUCAGUAUAACUCUGUGGGCUUCUACCAAGUCAUGAAAGUGAUGACAACGCCGACAAUAGUCGUGAUCGAGGCUCUCUUUUACCAGAAGCAACUGGAGAACCGGCUGAAGCUAGCACUGACCCCGGUCUGUCUCGGGGUGGUGCUGACGACCGCUACGGACUUUCGACUCAACCUGCACGGGACGCUGAUUGCCUCCGCUGGUGUUAUUGUAACAUCCUUGUACCAGAUUUGGUCUGGAACGAUGCAAAAGACGUUGCAGUUGGAUGCCCUCCAAUUGCAGUACUACACGUCGCCUAUGAGUGCGCUUUUUCUGCUGCCUUUUGUACCGCUCAUGGAUAAUUGGCGGCCUGGAAGUCCCGAUAGCAUCUUCGCCUAUGCAUUCACACCAUAUCGCCUGGGAGUGAUUCUGAUGACGGGCGUGCUGGCAUUUCUCGUGAACAUCAGCAUCUUCAUGGUCAUCGGACGGACCAGCCCUGUCACCUAUAAUGUUCUUGGGCACGCGAAAACCGCAGUCAUUAUAUCCAGCGAUUUCCUCUUCUUUGGUCGUCCAAGAGAUCUCCGAAAUUUCGCUGGCGUGCUGCUCACCAUGAUCGGUGUGGUCUGGUACACGCAUUUGAAGCUCGAAGACCAGCGUUCUGACGCCAAGUCAAAGGUGAAUGAUUCAUCUGGAUCGAUUUGCAAGGCGAGCACUGCGAGUCCAUGA